UUCACAAAUAUUAAGCGGUCUCCAUCCCACUGUUUUGAUAUAAAUGAUACAAGUGCAUUUGACCUAUUUGCAGAAGUCGAAGUUUCGCUAACCGGUGCUGACCCUAAAGUCAGCUGAGUAUCCUCAGCCUCAAUCUAGUGUAGGAAGUUUUACUUUCAGAGCCACAUAUGAUUUCAGACACGGCCGCCGUCGAUGGCAAUCCAGAUGACACCAUUGACCUCAGCCCCUACAAAGGGGACAAAGUCCUGCAGCUCAACUACAAGGGGCUGAAAAACCUGCCCACAGUACUCACAGAGACUGAAGACUUCACACACAUUACUAACCUCUACCUCAAGAGGAACUGCCUGACUACUCUGCCUCAAGGGAUCAGCUUAUUGCAGAAUUUGGUUGUGCUAUAUUUGCAUAGUAACAAACUGGCAGCUUUACCCAAUACUAUCGGAGAUCUUUCAAACCUUGAGUGUCUGGAUGUUGGAGCCAACUGUCUUACAUGUCUCCCAGCAUCCAUUGGCAGACUGGCCAAACUCACAUCCUUAAAGCUGGCGUAUAACAUGGUCACACACUUGCCCAAAUCUAUAGGCAAUCUACACCAGCUUGUGAAUCUGGAGGCAAUGAACAACCGACUGAGAUCACUUCCACUUGAACUGUUUGACUGCAUGAACUUGGAGAUGCUGUCUGUAGACUCCAAUCAACUCCACGCCAUUCCACGCCAGAUCUGCAAACUCUCCCGUCUCAAGGAGAUUAGUGCCACAGGAAAUAACAUUGUUAUGCUCCCUCAAGGUAUGGGUGCAAGUGAGAAUCUGAAAUCCAUCUUUGUGGAUUGUAACUGUUAUUUGUCGGUCUUGCCCAUAGAUCUUCUAAAACGACACAUUGGAUUCUACAGGUGUGGCUCACUACCACUCUCCAAGCUGUCUGAUGACAUUCAGUCUAACAUCUGCUAUGUAACCGUGAAACAUAGUGAGACAAGCAACAAGUCCCUGCCGUUGCCAUGGGAGAUCCGACUGGUGGGCAACCUCACAGAUGCCUGUGUCCCGACACUGCUGGAGCUGGCUAUGAGGUGUACACACAGAGUACUGACACAAACUGCAGAUGUCCAUUACCUGGAGGAACUGCCCCAGAUGUUGGUUCCGCUGCUGUCAACACCGACUGCCAAGUGCUACAAGUGUCAGUGCUCAGUGUUCACUAUGGCGUUUCCCAUGGUGUUUCAGUCUCAGCUGCAGGGAAACAGUGUCUACCUCCUUGGACUGUGUUGUUCUGUUAAGUGCCUUCGUCAGUGUAUGUUCAUCAUCAACCUCCCUCUUGUCUACCCAACAUUGGAGAAUCUAUGUCUAGCUGUUGCCAUUAUCUGAUUUGAGACCCCAGCUACACAAGGCAGCAUCUGCUCAACUGUUGAAGUCUCCAAAGUGUGUGGUCACCUCUAGACCCCAGCUACACAAGGCAGCAUCUGCUCAGCUGUUGAUCUCUCCAACGUGUGUGGUCACCUCGAGACCCCAGCUACACAGGGCAGCAUCUGCUCAGCUGUUGAUGUCUCCAACAUGUGUGGUCACCUCGAGACCCCAGCUACACAAGGCAGCAUCUGCUCAACUGUUGAUGCCUCCAACGUGUGUGGUCACCUCGAGACCCCAGCUACACAAGGCAGCAUCUGCUCAACUGUUGAUGUCUCCAACGUGUGGGGUCACCUCGAGACCCCAGCUACACAAGGCAGCAUCUGCUCAGCUGUUGAUGUCUCCAACAUGUGUGGUCACCUCGAGACCCCAGCUACACAGGGCAGCAUCUGCUCAACUGUUGAUGCCUCCAACGUGUGUGGUCACCUCGAGACCCCAGCUACACAAGGCAGCAUCUGCUCAACUGUUGAAGUCUCCAAAGUGUGUGGUCACCUCGAGACCCCAGCUACACACGGCAGCAUCUGCUCAACUGUUGAAGUCUCCAAAGUGUGUGGUCACCUCGAGACCCCAGCUACACACGGCAGCAUCUGCUCAACUGUUGAUGUCUCCAAAGUGUGUGGUCACCUUGAGACACCAGCUACACAAGGCAGCAUCUGCUCAACUGUUGAUGUCUCCAACGUGUGUGGUCACCUCGAGACCCCGGCUACACAAGGCAGCAUCUGCUCAGCUGUUGAUCUCUCCAACGUGUGUGGUCACCUCGAGACCCCAGCUACACACGGCAGCAUCUGCUCAACUGUUGAUGUCUCCAAAGUGUGUGGUCACCUUGAGACCCCAGCUACACAAGGCAGCAUCUGCUCAACUGUUGAUGUCUCCAACGUGUGUGGUCACCUUGAGACCCCAGCUACACAAGGCAGCAUCUGCUCAGCUGUUGAUGUCUCCAAAGUGUGUGGUCACCCCGAGACCACAG